AUGGACAAUGCGUCAUAUCAUUCUGUGAAGCUUGAUAAAGCACCUACGUCGCAAACCAAGAAAGGUGAUAUAAUAAAAUGGCUGGAGAAUAAAGGCGAGGUUAUAGACAGACCUAUGUGUAUACCACAACUUCUUCAAAUUGUGAAAAGGAUCAAGCCACAACACCAGAAAUACGUAAUUGACGAAUUGGCAAAAAAACAUAACCGUAAUAUACUAAGACUACCUCCAUAUCACUGUGAGCUCAAUCCAAUAGAGUUGGCUUGGUCAUCCGUUAAAAAUUACGUACGGAUGAACAAUAAGACCUAUAAAUUACACAAUGUCAAAAAUUUAUUAAUUGAGGGCGUCAAACGCGUGGAUGCAGACAUGUGGAAGAAUUUUAUUAGUCACAUGAAGAAAGAAGAGGAUACAUUUUGGGAAAUCGACUUCGUCGUAGAUGAAGUAUUGUCUGCAGAGUUGGAGUCAGUAACUUUGACAAUCGGAGAUACAUCAUCAGACGACUCCCUCGGCACUGAAUCUGACUAA